AUGAACGUGGAGACCUGCAGCCCUUACAGCGACAUGACCUCCAAGGAUGCAUUUUAUAGUUUUUCUGCAGCACAAACUCGGGAGCAGCAGACGGACCACUUCAGGAGCUUCACAUCCCCUGACACCAAAUACAGCCCCACCGCUUUCGUGCAGGCGCACAAAGGUCACACGUACGGAGACAAGCCGCGGAGCCCCUUCCAGCAGGAGUGCCACUCAUUGGACGCCGUCUCAGCAGCCGGUCAAACUGCUUUCAGCAAAUUCCACAUCUUCGCGCACAGGUCCUCCUGUAGAACGCCUCCAGACGAAGGUGAAGGCCAGGCAGGGCAAAGCGCGGAGAUCAUCUCAUGCUAUGGUAAAGACGGCUCAAAUUUGACGGAUUCUGACUUGACCCCACUCUCCGACCAUCCAACAAUGGACUCCAGCUAUCUGGCCGUGAAGGAUCAAGGUGUCAACGUGACAUCUGAUAGGCCAGCAGGUGCUGAUUUAGCCAGCCCCCAUGACAAGGGUGAUGGAAGUGAGAGCAACAAGGGCAAGAAAAGACGCAAUCGCACCACCUUCACCAGCUUCCAACUGGAGGAGCUAGAGAAGGUGUUUCAGAAGACACAUUAUCCAGACGUUUACGCCCGGGAGCAGCUGGCACUACGAACGGAUCUGACUGAAGCGCGUGUGCAGGUAUGGUUCCAGAACCGGCGGGCCAAAUGGCGAAAGAGGGAGCGUUUUGGACAGAUGCAGCAGGUUCGAACGCACUUCUCCACAGCUUACGAGUUGCCUCUGCUGACACGUCCUGAGAGUUACGCACAGAUCCAGAACCCUUCCUGGAUUAGCAGCAGCAGCGCAGCCUCGCCCGUGCCAGGCUGCGUGGUGCCCUGUGACACGGUGACGCCCUGCAUGACCCCUCACCCCCACUCGGCCAGCGGGGUGUCCGAGUUCCUGGGUGUUCCCAGCCCUGGGGCUCACAUGGGCCAGGCUCACAUGGGCAGCCUGUUCGGAGGCUCUCCCGGCAUGGCCUCUGGGCUCAACGCGUACGAUCUCAACAUGGACCCUGACCGCAAGUCCUCCAGCAUUGCUUCUCUGCGCAUGAAGGCCAAAGAGCACAGCGCGGCCAUAUCUUGGGCCUCAUGAUGCGCGGAUACCUGCUGAAGGACGUGGGCUAUAUCGUCCACCGAUGUCAGAGCCGACCCGGCGCGGGCUGAAGGCGCACAAAUGUAAAUCUCCAGGCAACAGUGACUACCUUCAUGAAGGCUACAGAAAUAUGCAAAAAUGAAGCAGUUUAGAAAGACAAUGUCCAGGCCUUCGUAGGCAAUACGUGGGGGUGACUCUGCUCUGUGGAACUGGUAGAGUGCAUAUUGGUGAUGCUUUACUAAUUUCAAACUAAUUCAUGCACUUAUUUGCUAAAAUACAGGAUGUUUUGUUUGUACAGUGCUUUCAGUGAGUUCAGGUGCUUAUUUUUAUUCUUACUUUAUUAUUUAAAUUUUUAAAAGUUUUUUUUUUGUGCUGGAUUUGCUUUCAAAUAGUUCAGCAACAAUCUUUUCAAAUUGAAUUCAUUGCAAAUCACCUCCCUUCCUUCAGCAUGGAUUGAAACAAUUACCUGUGUGUAUAUUUCUGAAAUUAUCAUCUGUUAAACCAUCCAGUUUCUGUUUGGGGAACCUCCAUCCAGAAGAGUGCCAUUUCUGUUUCAACAGUAGAGGAUAUGAAUACCCCUCUCACUAGGGUUGCCAACUGUCCCUUGAAAAACUGAAUCGUCAGGUAUUCAGAAACAACAGUACGUGUCCCUAAUUGAACUGUCAAGGAACGCGCUUUGUUACUUAUUAUCAUCAAGCUCGAUAAUAGUGUCUUAUUCGUGGAACGAACGAAAAUUGCUUUACAAGAAUAUGCAGAAAAAUGCGUUUCUCCGCCUAGCUUGCUUUUUGACCAAUGAGCUGACGGAACAAUGACAAUAUGAAAUCUCACUCAUCUAAUUGGUCGAGAUACUGUCGCUAAUGGAACACGGCAUAAAAGUGUGGGAGAUAAGCAGUUUGAGUGAAGCGUGAGUAAAACGCAUACUCAAAAUGAUCAUUUGUUUUCUUGUUCUUCUCUGUGUUCUCCAUUUUCACUAAGGCUAGGUUCGUACUGCAGGUCUUGAUCAACGAAUCGAUUCUUUCUAGGGCUGUCAAAAUUAUCGCGUUAACGGGCGGUAAUUAAUUUUAAAAAUCACGUUAAGAUAUUUGACGCAAUUAACGCACAUGCCCCGCUCAAACAGAUUAAAAUGACAGCACAGUGUCAUGGCCACUUGUUACUUGUGUUUUUUGUCUCCCUCUGCUGGCGCUUUGGUGCGACUGAUUUUAUGGGUUUAAGCACCAUGAGAAUUGUGUAAUUAUUGACAUCAACAAUGGCAAGCUAUUAGUUUAUUUUUUGAUUGAAGAUUUUACAAAUUUUAUUAAAACGAAAACAUUAAGAGGGGUUUUAAUAUAAAAUUUCUAUAACUUGUACUAACAUUUAUCUUAUAAGAACUAAAAGUCUAUCCAUGGAUGACUUUAACAGAAUGUUAAUGUUAAUGCCAUCUUGUUGAUUUAUUGCUAUAAUAAACAAAUACAGUACUUAUGUACAUUAUGUUGAAUGUAUAUUGUGUCUUAUCUUUCAUUUCCAAGAGUAAUUUACAGAAAAAUAUGGCAUAUUUAAAGAUGGUUGGAAUUGCGAUUAAUUAUGAUUAAUUAAUUUUUAAGCUGUGAUUAACUCGAUUAAAAAUUUUAAUCGUUUGACAGCCCUAAUUUCUUCCCCGUUUUUCUGACUCGAGUGAGGCAUUAACUUAACAGUCUGAACUGGAAAAGUCGCAUAAAAGUGGACCAUUUCUAAUUCAAUCUAGGUCACUUUCGUAUGUGGUUAAAAUCUGAUUUGGGCCACAUUUUUUCAGAAUGUGGCUGCGGUCUGAACUGUCAAGUCCUCCAAAUCGGAAUUCAUGCAGCAAUUAUGUCAGCAAAGAGCGAGAGAGACAGGACGCUAUGGUAGCGGUGCAGCUGUGCAUUAGCGCCUAGCAUGAACGCAGCUUUUGGGGAAGGAGCGGGCUUGACAACAGUCAUAAAAAAAUAAAAUGGCUUGGGGAUAAGCCUGAGAAUGCUCAAUUUUCUCUCUGCUCCAAAUGAGCAAUAUUUCAAGAUUGCUUACACGGCCGAGAGUCAGGGCAAACUCUCCGUUUGUGUGUGUGCCAUGCACGGAAAGUGCGUGCAUGCUAGCAUCCAUAUAAACUUUGAAUAUAAGACUAAAGGGGGAUUAUUUACAUCUGCUAUUUGUGUCCUCUGUUUGGAAAUGAAAAUACGAUCACCCUUGAACGACGUUGAGCGAGCAUGUGUGGUCAUUUGUUUUGUUGCUCCUGCGCAUGCGGGUCAGUUUGCUCAGUGCAUUAUGGACUGCAAAUUAGUGCGCCAUACUGGAACGGGCUCAAUAGGCAAAGACAGUCUGAACGGGCAUGCCCCAGAAAAAACAGAUAGGACAAAAAAAAUCGGAUUUAUGCAUUAUGACCUGCGGUAUGAACAUAGCCUAAUUGUACUACAGUUUUGUGUUCAGUCAAAUUCAUUAUAUUUGGAGUGAUCAUUUGCAAAAAUGUUAUUGCUGAACACACUUAAAUUGUACAAGAAAAAAGAAAAAAACUUUACCUGAGAGUUUGUUGGCAGAGCCCCCCCCCCUCCCAAAAAAACAAACAAAAAAACCCCACAAACAUAAAAGCUCAGGACCUUAUGCGUUAAAUUAUACAAUUUUAAAUUUAGCUGGACAAUUUUAAUUGUAGUAUAUUUUGUAUUAAAAAUACAUUGCUGGUAUCUAUUGUUUUUCCCAUGUGCUUACAUAACUCAUACACGUAAUUAUUUCAGUUUUGAGUAAAAUCAUAAUAUUAGAAUUACAAUAAAAAAUAAAAAAAAAAAUCUCUUCACAUACAAAAAAAAUAAAUCAAGGGUGACGGUUAUCGGGCCUGCCGGCUCUACUAAUGCGGUGUCCCAUUUUUUUUCUCAGGGAAUUGGCAACCCUACCUCUCGCUCACCUUUUUAGUAUCAUCAAUGUCAAGAAAUGAAGUGCCUACCUGUCAUAUGAGCAAUACUUCAAAGUUGUUUUCUUUCUCUUACAAACCUCACAUAUUUGGCAGUCAAAAGUGAAUUUCAAAGAAAAUCAUGAACCUUUCAUUUUUUUUUCAUCCCAAACUGAGGAUGUCGUUGGAAAGAAACGUGCACAAAUGGAGAUUUGUUGCUCUCCCACAAAGAAUCAGGUACUUCAACAGCAGUCUUUUCCAUGCAUGCUAUUAUGGAGCUUGCCUUGUUGCACUGUCAUGCUGUAUUAGAUAUAUCACCUCUCCUCACUCUUUCCAAACUGUUGGAAAUAUACCAUUUCAUAACCAAUGUCUUGGUAAUCUAUCAUUAGGUGUGUUUCAAUAUAUUUUUUUGUAUUCGUUUAGAGUUUAAUACUUUCAGCAAGUGGUCAUGUUAGCGUAUCAGAGCAGCUCUACACUCUUGCUAACAGCUGGCCUAUUGACUUUUUUGCCUCCAUCCAAAAUGGAUGCCCUUGUGUCCACUUAUAGAAGCCUUCCCAGAUUACAGACCGACAUUGAAUAAACGUUGAUUUUCCAUCAAA